GGCCUUCUCGCUUCCCAGCAACGUAUGGAGGAGCAUGAUUUCUUUGACAAACUGCAUCAGUCGAAUUUGCCCGUGCCUGAAUUUUCGAGACUGGGAACGCCGUGGGUACGAGACGAUAUCCAGCGGUACUUAUUUAUCUUCAGUACCUGUAUCGACAAAUGACACUGUGGUCCCGCUUCAAAGAAUUAAAAAAGGUGGUGGCGCGGCUCUCACUACGUCAAGCUCUGACUUGGCGGCCGUACCAGUGCAUCCUGCUAUUGCGUUGCCAAGAUAUGUCAUGGACGAGGAGGUGGAGCGGUGCUUCGCAUGCGCGGUUCCCUUUGAUUUCGCGCAGAGACGUCAUCACUGUCGGCGUUGCCGCAACAUUUUCUGUGCGGCUUGUACGUCCCGAGAGCGCCCCGUCCUGCUCUACAGGCUGUCCGAUCCUGUCCGCGUGUGUCUUCGCUGCGGAAACGAAGUAGGAAAGGAGAAUGAAUUUGUGGACCGGCAUUUAAAGGGCUUGACGGAAGGGUUGGAAGUGACGGUGACACGGGGUGUCAGCGCCGUGCUUGGCCGACGACAGCCAGUCUCCCUCAUUCUCUCUGCGGAUCUGAAGACACUCCAAGUCGUCGAUCUUCCUUCGCUUCCCGCCUACCACGACGCCUCCCGCCCUCAUUCUUCGCACGACUGCCCACGCGUCCUUAUGCACUUCCCUCUGGUGGACAUUGGUGGGGUCUCGGAGGUUGGCUCCCUCUCCUUCCUUAUCUUAACCAGCACGGGCGUUCGACGCAAAUUUGAAACGAGCGGACCGGGGCAACGGCAGGCAUGGGUGGCGGCGAUACGGGAAGCGGCGCGGCUUCUCCCUUCGAUGGCAGGGUUGCGAAAGAGAAUCGAGGAGGAACGGAUCCAACGUGCGACGCAAGAGAGGAUGGCGAUGGCGGAGCGACAGGAAAAGGAUGCGUUGCUAGCGAAGAAAAGGGAGAAGGCGGCCCUCCGGCAUGCCAUCGCAGACAAGUACGGUCUGGCAAGAAGAUGAAUCACAGGCUUCCAAGUCUCCCGUGUGCCGAGGGAUCUGGACAGAAAAAAAGCAACUUGUGGGCUGCUACAGCGGUGUAAAGUGAAGGGUCGAUGUGAGACAAAUGGGGACCGUAUGUGCAGCCGUGUAAUGAUGGAUGGGGUGACAGA